AUGGCGGAGGAACAGGAGGAGGAGACGGAGAUCCUGGAAGAGUUGGAAGAGGAGACUGAGGAUGUGGAGGUGGCCAGUCAAGAUGGCUCCGACGCGGGUGGAGAGGGCAACAACGAGGUGACGGUGACUCAGGACGAGGUGAUGGAUAAGUACAAGGUGGUCUAUGACCAGGCCUUGGACCGUGUCAAGUUCCCGCCCGACAUCACGGCUGAGGUUCAGAGGACCUGGCAGCUGUUCCUCACCCAUGCAGGCUCCCCGGAGCAGGCGGGGGAGGCCAUUUUCAACGCCUGGUGGGAGGCCGCGCCCUCGUUGCAUUCGCACUUCCUCUCGCCCCGCACGGUGCUCUUCCUGCGGAUCGUGCAGGGCAUCUCCCCGGUGGUGCAGGCCAUGGGCCACCCCGGGGAGCUGCGCACCCAGGUCGAGAUCAUCAGCUUUCGGCAUUUGGACCGCCCGGUGAGCGUGCAGGGCGUGGAAGUCCUCCGGGACGCCAUGCUGGAGAUGUGGGAGAGCGAGAUGGCCGCGGACUUCACGCCGCAGGCUCGGAUGGGGUGGUUUGCGCUCUUGAACUACUGGGGCGGUGCCUUCUGCUACUUUCAGAAGGAGUAUGCGGUGCGCAUCAAGAUUAUCCACCGCAGCUGGCGGGAGGCCAACAAGUCCGUGGCGGAGCCUGAGGAAGAAACAGCGGAGGCCAAUGCCACCAACAACGAGGAGACUGAAGAAAAGGAGGAUGAAACGCCUUCGAAUAAGAAAGGCGCCGAGGAGACCGCGGAGAACGCGGCCUCGGGGGAGGGGGAGAAGAAGGGCUCAGCCUCGCAGAUGAAGGUGCCCAGCACCUUCCGUGAGAUGUUUCUCUUCAACGCGGCGGUGAUGGGCUUCGGGAACUCCAAGUGGAUGGACAUCAUCCUGGACCAGUUCGACGCUUUGGUCAUCAACAUCGCCAACUCCUACCGCUUGCAGGAGAGUGCUUAA